CAUUUCUGUGGUAGAAGUAAUUGAUUUCUCGUAAAUCAUUACUCCAACUGCAACCUGUUCAUUGUUCAUUAACAAACAAAACCUUGACACUAAAACCAGCAUUGAAAAAUGCGAAACAGUAAUGCUGUGGAAUAUUUUCCAUAGGUUCGUUUUAUUUCAACAUAUUCAAUUCCAACUUUUAGUUCUGACAGCAACACCUAACCUUAAAAUAAAUACAACUGCAGCAUUUCAAAUUAUUUGUAAUCUUCAAAAAAGAAAUAAAAGUGCAACGAUAAUGGAUCCAAAAAAUGUGAAUGAAGCUGAGCACGAAAAUCAAAAGGGGCGAUGUCCAAGAUCAUUUUCAAGUCCUUCCAGAACUGAUAAUGUUAGUUUGAUAGCACCACAAAGGACUAUAUCUCAAUUGGGAAUUAAUAGGAAUGUAGAGAUUCCUUAUUGGCAAAUGUACCAAGUUCCCACGGCACCUAACUUCAUGGUAAAUCCAUAUAUUGGUGCUGCAGCAGCUGGUGCAUACUUUCAAAAUCCUUGGAAUAAGAAUUUUUUUCUUAAUAUCAACAGCUUUCCGGUGCCACCAACAAGCAGUAUAAAUAGUCAAUAUAAAAAAGCACAGACUGUACCACCUUUUAGAAAUUAUAAUUCUAAUAGGAGUAAAGAAGCAAAAUUAGAAAGGAGUUGGGAGCCUGUUAGUUCUACAAAAAACAAAAAGAAUAAAGAAUUUGUAUUCACCCUCAUGUCUUACAAUGUCCUUGCUCAAGACUUGGUAGAAAGUCAUGGGUACCUUUACAAAGAGCACAAUAGAAAAGCUUUAGAGUGGGAAGUAAGGUGGUUGAAUAUUUUAAAGGAAAUUGGGGAUGCCGAUCCUGAUAUAAUAUGUUUCCAAGAAGUUCAGGAGUCUCAUAUAAGCAAUUAUUACAGUGUUUUUGAAAAAAAAUUAGGAUACAAGGGCCUCUUCAAAAAACGAACUGGGAUGAGACCAGAUGGUUGUGCGAUAUUCUACAAAAGAAAAAGACUUCAACUUAUGGAAUAUGAGAAAGUAGAGUAUUUUCAGGAGAACGUUCCAAUUCUCAAUAGAGAUAAUGUUGCUAUUGUGGCAAGAUUUAUUCCAAAAGAGGUUCACACACAUGGUUUUGUUGUAGCGACAACGCACUUAUUGUAUAAUCCCAGAAGACAGGAUGUUCGAUUAGCACAAGUUCAAAAUUUGAUAGCGGAAAUCGAUAAAAUGGCUUUUUUGUGCAGUAAUAAGGAUGGGAAACCUUCUUAUCUACCAGUUAUAGUGACAGGGGACUUGAAUUCCACACCCGACUCUGCUGUAUAUGAAUUUAUAACCAAAGGAAUUUUAGAUUAUCAGAAUCUGAGUAAAAGAUCACUCAGUAAGGAAUGUGGAAAAGAAGUCACCGGAAAAGUAUUGCUACCCGAGUCCCUACAGAUGACAGAUAAUUGUCAGUUUGCUGAAAUGGUUAAACGUAGGCAUGAUUUUCAUAACAGCUGUUCAGAUUCCAAAGAUAACAAUUUGAAACUGAAUUACGUUCAAGAUUUAAAGUUUUCAUCUGGUACUUUGUCGCAUCCUUUUCCAUUUAAAUCGGCUUAUAAUCAUUAUAAAGGUGAGGAUGUUGAAGGUACAACUUAUCAAGAUAGAUGGAUAACUGUGGAUUACAUCUUUUAUAGUGGAAAAAAACAUAGGGAAUCAACACUUGAAGAUAAAUUGAAGCUAUUGUCAAGGUUCCAACUUCUCACAGAACAUCAGUUAGGUGAUGUUAGAAUUCCCAACUUGAAACUGGGAUCUGAUCAUUUCAGUUUAAUUGUUAAGUUUUCUUUAGAGUAAUAUACAUAUUUUAUUUGGUAAAGACUUAUGUUUGUGGUAUAACAUUAAAUGUAUUUUCUGUUUAAAA